CCGUACAAGUAACGAUAACGACCAGUUACAAGUAACGGUAACUGUUCAGUAUAUCUUUCAAGAGUCAAAUCUCUAAAUAUCUAGGUAUCCAGGGUGAGGGUGAAAGUUUGUAGCCUCACCCUGGAUACCUAGAUAUUUAGAGAUUUGACUCUUGAAAGAUAUACUGAACAGUUACCGUUACUUGUAACUGGUCGUUAUCGUUACUUGUACGGUAACUGCUUAUCCGUUACCGUUACCAAGAACGUCAACUGUUCAGCAGUUACAGUUACUGUAACGCUAAUGGUAACUGUCACAGCCCUAGGCUCUAAACGUUGAUUCGUUAUAAACAUACAACUGUUGUACAAACAGCCCAAAAGAUCGAUUUUAGGCCUAUCUGAAAACGUGUCUAAAAUAGUGAAGACGAGCAGGCGAACAUUGAACAAGUACACCAGAUGGUAGAAAAUUGCUUGCUCUACAUCAUUUAUAAAUAAUUGCAAAUUUGAUGGGCAAGGUCGAAUAUCGUUUUAGUAAAAAACAUUUAAUCAUCCUUAGGUCUUUAUUUCUUUGCAAUAUUACUGAUCCGCUUUUUGUUAAGAUAUAAAUUCAAUUCAGUCAGCCGAUUUAAUGACACAAUCCCAUUCACAAUAUUUGAAUGAUGAUGAUAAGAAUCGUACACAGACAGCUUAUCAUUAG